AUGCCUAGCGAGAUCCCUGGACCAGCCGGUGUGCCCCUGCUGGGUAAUGUGUUCGACGUCAACCCCAACGAAACGUGGAGUUCACUAAAUAAGCUCGCGAAGGAAUAUGGCUCUAUCUUUAAGAUCAAUGCGCUGGGCCACCAGAUCGUCUUCAUCGGCAGUGUCGCCCUGCUCGAAGAAAUCUGCGACCAGAAGCGAUUCCGCAAAUGUGUGACUGGUCCUGUCGUGGAGAUCAGGUACGCUGUGCACGAUAGUUUGUUUACCGCGUACGACGAUGAAAAGAGCUGGGGCAUCGCGCACCGGAUUAUGUAUCCCCAUGUCACCCAAGAGGCCACCGACGCGGUCUUCAACGAUAUGGCCGAAGUCGUCCCUGAUUUGACCAAGAAAUGGUCGGCGGGCACCAAGGUGCGCACUAAGGCCACCGACGACCUGGACUUGAUUCUGCUGGCGUCCUGCAUGAAGUGCUUCUUCAACCAGCGUGUUGAAGUGCUUAAGAAGGAUGAGGUCGGGCUCAAGGCUAAGAAGAUGGUUGACGCCUGGGAGGGUGCUACAAUGGAGGCCAUGAAACGGCCGAAUCGCCCGAAGCUGCUCAACUGGCUGUAUCAGGGCCGAUUUUCCAGCCAGACCAAGACCAUGCGCUCCUACGCCAGUGACAUCGUGAAGAGCCGGUUGAACAACCCCGAUCAGGCUCGCAAGGAUAUGCUGGAUGCGAUCAUCAAUGGCGUUGAUCCUGAGAGCGGCGAAAAGCUGAGCGACUCUCAGCAUCUGGACGAGAUUAUUAGCAUCUUCAUUGGUGCUGCUACUGCCGCUAACCUCGUAUCCUAUGCCCUGUACUACCUGAUGGAGAACCCUGAGCCGCUCAAGAAAGCUCAAGAAGAGAUCGACUCCGUGGUCGGCGACGGUCUCAUCGACCUGGCACACCUGAAGCAACUCAACUACGUCGAAGCCUGCCUCCGCGAAUCCAUCCGUCUGUCCGCCACCGCCCCCGGCUUCAAUAUCGAGCCAAUCCCCUCUAAGGACAAGAGCCCCGUCCUGCUUGCCGGCGGCGAGUACCAAAUCCCACACAACCAGGUCAUGAUCGCCGUCCUGAACCAGGUCAACCGCGACCCGGCCGUGUUCGAAUUCCCCGAGGAGUUCAAGCCAGAGCAGGUCCUUGGCGACAAGUGGGACAAGCUGCCCGCCGCAGCGAAGAAGGGCUUCGGCAACGGCAAGCGCGAGUGCAUCGGCAAGUUGUGGGCCUGGCAGUGGGCAUUCUUUACACUGGCCAGCAUCAUCAAGGACGUGAACUUCGAGCUGGAGGAUAAGAACUAUAAGCUUCAUGCCAACGGCGCGUUCAGCAUUAAGCCGCUGGAUAUGUGGGUUCUCAUGAGUGCCCGCCAGAAGUAA